GGUCCCGCCUCUUAAAUGUAUUUGUUGCCUCAUUGGCUGGAUGAGCCAUGAUGGACAGGUUUUGUAACCAGUAAGAAUGCGGCUCUUUAGGUGUUAUGUAAAAAGAAGUCGCUGAAGUGGUUAGAGGGUCAUUGUAAAGCCAGAGAAAGGAGAUUUCCACAGGCUGUGAGUUGGCACAACAUGACAUCCAGUGAUGUUGUUCCUUAAUGUAAGAUGCAUCCAGACCUGUCUCCUCACCUACACACGGAUGAAUGCAACGUGGUCAUUAAUUUGCUGAAGCAAUGUCACCUAGACAACAAGUUUUUGAAAUUUUUGGGACAUUGCAAUGAUAUUGACAGACAGAUGAGAAAGUGCCUAAAAACAGAGUAUGAGGACAAGAGAGCUGAAAGCCGCGCUAGGUCAGAAAGGGUAAAAAAGAAAAUAUUAGAGGCCAGUAAGGUGGAAGAUUGAGAGAUGACCCUGACUUGCAAAACAUUGAGGAAACUGAUAUUCAUCUGAAGCCUUGCCAAGAACACUGUAUUUAUUUAAUUGCCUAAAUAAAACAGCUGAUUUUUUUUUUUU